CAUGAAACAAAUGCCCAUUGGAAAACAUUUUUGCGGAACAUAAGUCCAACGGAACAAAAGUACUGUGGCAGUGGCACGAGUAUUUUAUGGGACAAACGGAUUACAUUCGUAGCAGCCCGUUUAUUUUAUUCCGCAAAAGUAAAUAUUUAAGGUUAUGUAAUAAUUGUGCAUCUGAUUGUGAGAUACCUAACGAUAACAUUUUAAUAUUUAUUAAAUUUUAUUUAGUCAUGCACUUAUGUUCCAUGUAGUAUACUUGUUUUUGAUGUUAUGUGAAUAAUUUAAAAAAGUUAUUAUUUUCAAAUUUUCAGUAAUAGUCAAUUUUAUUCGAAAUGGCGGAAUUUGUACAGCGUCGCAAAGAGAAACUACUCCAUGAAGUUCCACUUCUGUACACUCAUUUUAAGAAACCUACUGUCAAGUAAAUAUUAACAUUUUAUACCAAUUCAGUAAUAUUUAUAUUGUUUUUAUUCAUAUUAUGGUUAUUGAAUUUAUAGACGCAUUUUAAAGUACCGAGAGAAAUUUGAAUAUCGAUUGAUGCGUCGUGAUAAAACACAGUCAGAUUUUACCAACUACAUAACAUUUAUGAAAUCAAUUAUCAAGAAAGUUGAAAAUGUAAAUAUAUAUCAUUUUUGUUAAUUUUGAUGUUAAAAAAAUAAUUGUUUGUAAUAGAUGGCGUUAUCAACUCCUGAAUCUCUGAAACUCAUUCAUCAACAAACAAUGCGAAUCAUAGAUCUAUAUCGUAUGGCUCUUAAAAAUUUUCAAGACGAUGUAUCCCUUUGGAAACAAUAUAUAAAAUUCUUGAUUAAAUAUGUAAGUAAAUUUACUUGUUUUUUGUGAUACAAAUUGAUAAUAUAAAGUUAGCAAGUAUAUUUUUUGUGUAUAAAUUUAGUUUUCGACCAAAGCUCAUUUUUAAAUUUUUUUUUUCAAAAUUUGUGUUUUUUAAUUCUUUAUCCAUUGGUUUAAUGGAAAAACUUUUCAUACUUACUUUUAUAGUUGUUGUAUAUAAACCUAACCUACCACCUAUAAUGCUUUUUCACUUUACCCUGUUACCUACCUGACGUGAUUUUGCACAACAAAUCGAGGGUUAUAGUUGAUUAAAAUUAUCUGAGUAAGCACAGCGAAACGCGGCGUGUUUUUAUAUUUAUAACUCUAAAACUUAGCCAGAUAAACUUAUUCUGAUUUCAAUAUAAAAAAAAACGUUAUCAAACUAAUAAUAACUUAAGAUUAUGGUAGUAAAAAAAAGGCCUUUUUUAACCAUAUUUUGGAUUAAAAAUGCUAUUUUUUAAGUUUUAUGUACAAUAAUUAUAAAAGUAAGUAUGAUAGGUAAAUUUUAUUUAUACCAAUAAAUUAAGCAUUAAAAAUGCACAAAAAAGUUCAAAAUGUUAAAUUCUGAUUAAGAAUUACACAAAACAUAAAUUCCAAACUUCAUAAAGUUUUCCCCUAUAACUUCCAAACAAAGUUUGUUUGAAUUUUUUUUUGUUUUAGAUUUUUAAUGUACAGGUAAAAACACAUUUUGAAAAAAAAAAUUUUGAAAAGCGUGUCUUUCCAAUUCAAAUUUUAUAAUAAUUAAUGGUUCUAUUAAGUUUUGAUAUUUUGUUAUCAGUGGUAAUUGCAAUAGUACAUUUUAGACUGACUCCACAGUCAUUCUAAAAUGUACUAUUGAUUAAAUUUAAAAAUUUAGUAAAACAUUAAUUUGUUUUGUAGAAAUGGCAGAGAAUUCUUGUCAUCUCACAAUUUAUAAAACUCCAUCUAUAGAUAAAUUUUUAAAAAGUUACCUUAAAUGAAAAUUGAAUUGUAAUUCUAUUAAAUUGAGUUAAAAUGAGGUGUCAUUGCAUUAUAUUACUACCUAAUACAGUUUGUGUCUUACUUAUUCCAAAGCAAAUAAAUAAUAUUUAAUAAAAAUCAUUUCUAUGCUCAAAUUGCAGUUAUAAAUGAUAUAUAGUAUAAACUGAUUUUUCCUUUUAAAAUGUAUUUAUUUGUGUGAUUUGUAGCUAAGAACAUUAUAUGAGUGACAUCCAUAAACAACAUAAUUUGUUUAAUUUUCAAAAAAAUUACAAGCAGAGCUUAGCCUUAAAAAAAAUAUAUGGGAAUGGAGGAACAUUAUGUUAAGACACCUUAAAUUUGACACUGAAUAGUGGGAUAUCUGCAGAACUGUUCAAGGAUUUAUGUAAAAAUGAUAUAUUACUGCUGUUCUUCUAUUAACCAGAAAUAUAAGUUUUCGUUUGUUGAACACAAGGGAAUGCUGCAUGGCUAAUCGUUAAAACAUAGACUGCAAAUUACAAGACUUGUUUUUGAACACUACAGCUAGAAGCUGUGUAAGGGUCCCAUAACACACGUAUUCAUAUUCUACAAGAAACCGAACUAAAGAACAAUAUAUAGUAACUUAAUAGAAGAUUAAAUUUUAAAUUCAGAGUCUAUUUGAUUGAAAAAUCCUAGCACUUUGAUAGUUCUACAAGAGAAUAAUUCAAUGUGGGAGUGAAAAUCAAGUGCAGGAGUGUAUAAACACUGUCCAAGUCUUUCACACUCCUAGUCAAUACAAGGGUAGAAUCAUAAAUAUUGUAUGAAAAUGGAUUAUAAAAACAAACUGACAUAUUUUUCCCAAUGAAUCAGUGCUAACAAAAACGAUUAUGAGCGCAGUUCAGUUGUACAUGCUUUGAAGCGCCAUUAUAUUUACGAUUUGAAAACAAUACAUUACAUACAUUUUCUCGUUUUCCCUAAGUUUUUUCCCAUUUAUUAUGAAACCCCCUAGAAAAAUCAAAAAAUAACCUACAUUAAGUACCACCUCAGUUAAAUUUAAUUUCAGAAAAGUUUAGCACCUUUGACAUGAAAAGGUUGUCCCUUUCCUGACAUACUUGAAAAUUUGAGCUAAAUUUCUUGUAGAAAAAUUAUCAUUGUAAAACCAAUAAAUUAAUAAAUAACUAUUAAAAACAUUAACUAUUACAUUUCUAUGCAGUUAUUCUAACUCACACAUUAAAUAAUAUUAAACAGAUAUUAAUUUUUUUUUUUUUAGAAACGGAUUAAUACAUUACAAAAAGUAAUAGAUAGUGCAUUGUUACUUCAUGGUCAAAUUUCCGAUGAACUAUAUGUUUUUGCUCUAAAAUUAGAGUUUAUUAAUUUGAAAAAUAUCCAAAAAACAAGACAAUUGUAUACCGUGGGACUACGUAUACAUAAAAACUCAGCAGCUUUGCAUUUUGAAGCCUUUAAAUGUGAACUUGCUUCCUCAAAUAAACUUCUCCUACAAAAUUCUCAGGUUAAUUUAGGUAAUACCAUUAAAUAAUAUAUAAAUUAAUAACUACCUACUGUUAAGUUUUCUAAUCUUAUACCAUUUUUUUUUUUCAUUCUAGAAAAUGAAGUGAUUAAAAAUGAUCCUGUGUUAAAUGGAUCCAUUGCAAAAGUAAUUUUUGAAUCUGCUGUAGAAAAUGUAAAGAAUGAUAGUGAUGUUUUCUUUAAAAUGUAUCAAGAAACUAUUAAAUAUGAUUUUGCUCUGGAUUUAUCAAAUGAAAUUAAAAGGUAAUUUCUUAAAACUAUUAUUCAUUAUAUUUUAGCAAUUAAUGUAUCCCUAUAAAAAUCUAUGUGUAUUAUUAAACAUGUAACAAUCUCUACCGGUACAAAUAUUUGGCAUUUUAGGAGUAAUUCACAUAACUUUUUUUAAAUAAAAGUUUUUAACAUGUAUAUUAACUAAAAUACAAAAAAAAAAAAUUAAAUUUUGUUAUUCUCAUAUAUUAUAUUGUAUAUUUAUACAAUGAAUUAUUCAAUUAGUGUUGCUUGCAGUUAUGUAUACUGUCUAUGACCCUUCACUACAGUUCAUGUCACAAUAUAUCUCAUUAUUUGUUAAUGUUAUGCUUAUCUCUAUAAUAAAUUUGAUUCUAUUUGUUUGUUACAUUUCUUUCAACAACAUUAUUAGAACUAUCACUAUUAUAGAAUAUCAGAGUAAUUUAUAUUUUGACAAAAUAGUGUGCUAAUAUCUUAAUUUUAUUAUUGUAGAGCAAUUUUGAUAUUUUUAAACUAUGAGAUGAUACCCUCCUCUCACAACAGUGGUAAAUGUUCAAAUAUCCCUCAUCACAGGUCUACAUUCUACAGUUUAUGUUACAACACAUAGUGCACGGUUAUUUUUAUGUCUAAAAUGUGUUCACUUAAUUUAUUAUUAAUUAUAUAUUAAACCAGUUGAAUGACUUACUAAUAAUAUAAUAUUUUUUAGAUUUGGAGUGUAGUGAGGGAUCUAUUAGUUUUACAAUCUGUUGGUUUUUUUUUUUUUUAUAUUUUAACUGUUUUUUGAAUAAGAAUGUUGCUCUGUAUUUUGUCUAGUUAGUGUAUUAAAGAGGUGAUUUUUUUGAAUUUCUAAUGAGUUUUUUUAUUGGGAUUCAACUCAAUAGGUUGGAUAAACAGAAAAAAAAUUAAAGGUAAAAUGACAAAUAUUUAUGGCACGCAAGGCAUUACCAUUACCAAUUGAUUUCAUGUUUUCAAUUUUUGCAAACAGUUUUCUAUUAAAAAUAUUGUUCCAAUAGAAAAACAAAAAGACAAUUUUUUUUUGUUGUAUUUUAGGUUUAUUGGUGAGUAAGAAGGUCGUUUGAUAAUCCUAUAGUUUUUUUAAUAAUUGAGCAAAUAAUACGCAGAAAGAACAAACAAAUUUACAAAAAUAAUGCUAUUAUUAUUUUAAAUUUUGGUUUUUUGUUGCAAUUCCGUUUAUCAUAUUUGCUGUUUCGAGACUUAAUACAAUUUUCAAAACAUUUGGACCAUUUUUGAGUUAUUUAUAGAUAUUUUAACUUCGUGAGUUUUUUUAAUUUUAAUUUUGUAGGUAUUCUGUGAAGACAAUUUUUAGACUAAACAAAAAUGCUUUAGGUUCAUUAUAACGCAAACUUGGUGGUAAAAAAAAAAAAUUGAGUUCAAUGUAAUAAUUUUUUUUUCUUUUAAGAGUUAAUAUCAAAUUUUGAUGAAAAUAAUAACAUAAAGGCUUCAAUAUUACGGGCUAUUAUACAUGUAUAUAAUCAGUGGUAUAUCGAUAGGGUGGGAUUACGGGCAAAAGGCCACAGGCCCUUGACCCUAGAAAGCCUAUAUAGGAAUGGAGGAAUCCAAAAAACAAAUCAUUAAUAUUACAAAAAUUGAAAAUUGAAAAAUAAUAUUAUUAUAAUAUUAAAAAUAAAAGUGAAAUUUUAAAACUUAGUUCAAUAAGAGAUCUUGCUCAGCUUUUAAUGGUAAAACACCAUUCUCUAACAGUAAGUUUCCCAGAAGUAUACACUGCUCUUUUAUUAUUUUUGACAAUUCCUGUAACAUCUGCAAGUAUAGAACGAUCGUUUUCCAAACUAAAACUGAUUAGACUCUUUAAGAUGUACAAUGACCCAAGAUUGUUUAAGUAGCCUAGCAUUACUUUCUAUCGAACAAAGAACAGCUCUAAAGGUUAACUUCGAGGAUUUAAUUAAUAAGUUUUCUGAAAAGUUGUCCACAGGAAAAGAGAAGGCCAUAAUAUUUUUAACUAAUACCUAUAUUUCUUACAUUUUACUUUUUUUUUCACAUUUGUUGAGAAAAUCAAAAAGUGACCUCUCAAACGUACAUUCCCACACCAAUUUCCAUUCAGAAAAUGCGCUUUACUUUAAAAUCGGAGCAAAAUCUCUAGUAGAAAAGUUGUUCACAAAAAAAAAAUAUAAAUAAACAUCUUUGUAAAAGCAUAAGGCUCCACUUAGAAUCUAAAAUUAUACAAAUAUUUACAUUAUACUAAGUUUUACACAGAAAUAAUUUAUUUUAAUAGGAGAGAUUAUUUAAAAUGAGUUAUUAUUAGACAUAGAUAUGUUAAGAAAUAUAAAUUAUUUGGUUAUUAUUUAUUAUCUAAAUUGUAUUGAUAUAAGAUAUUAUUUUUAAAAUCGAUUUGUCCAUUUAAAAUUAAUAUUAUUUUUCUUUAUUUCAUUGUGUAUAUGUAAUUCUUCUAAAUCUGAAAUGUUAAUUUAAUGUAUAUUUUAUUUUGGGUAUUUAAUAUUUCUAAGUCUGUAUAAAACUUAUAUAAUGGUUAUUUUCUAAAAAAUGUUUAGUAAAAUUUGAAUUAGCUGCCCCUAAUCUUUUUAAAUUUUAUUUCAGAAAUGUGUUCUUUAUAUCUUAUUUUAAAAUGUAUUUGCGUAACCUAUAUAAAAUGUAUUACAAUUACAUUUAAGUUUAUAUAUACCAGCAUUUCCAAAAGAAGGAGGAUUAAAAUUUAUUAUAGUUACAUUUAAGUUUAUAUAAUAUAAUAUUAGAGAUUGUUUCAAGUAUGCUUUGCCUUAACAGCUUGGUGUUCAGUUUUAUUUGCAAAGCUGAGAUGUUUUGAGAAUGUGAUUUUGUUAAUAUAUAACUAAUAAUAUACCUAUUUAUGUACAAUACUUAAUAUAUAUUAUUAUUUUACAGUUUUAUGUUAACUGCAUUCAGUAAGGAUCCAAACUAUUGGGAUACUUUAGCUAAAAAUGAGUUGACAUAUCAGUCCAUGAAAUCAGAAAAAUUUAAGAUAAGGUAUACAAAUAAUAAUAAAUUAUUAAUUUUCAAUUUUAAUUUUAAUUUAAAUUUAUUUUCCAGAAACUGUCUUUCUAAAUAUGAUGAAGCAUUAACAAUACUUGAUACAGAGGAAAUGUGGGACAAGUAUCUGUCUAUAAUAUUACAAAUAUCAGAUGAUACGCCGAAAACUGAAAUGUAUAAAAGAAAUUUACUCAGAGACUCUAUGAUAAAUGCUCAUAAAAAAAAAAAAAUGAAACCUAUACAUUAUGUUAAAUGGGUAAGAAAUGUUUUAGUUAUUUUCAACAUUAUUGUGUGAUAGUUAUAUUUAUUUGUUUUUAUUAGUUUAAUAAAUCAUCACGCAUGCUAACUGAGGAAAUUUUGCAAUUGGCUUUACAAACAUAUCCAAAUGAUCCGAAUAUUUUAGAAAUUAAAAUAAACAGUUUGAUUGAAAUUGAUAAAGAAUCAGCUUAUGAGUUUUUUAAACAAAACAUGAAUCACGUUUCUCCCAGUGUUUGGCUUGUUAUGGUUAAAAAUUUAUCAAAUGAACCACAAAUAGAAGAAAUUUUUAAUAUAGUAUUUGGAGAUAAAUCCAAUUGUCCAAAUGAAGUUAGACAACAACUAGGAAAUGAAUAUUUGUGCUGGUUAAACAAAAAUAAAUCUUUGAAUGAUGCCAGGGUUGUAUACAAUAAAUUGAUAUUAAAUAGCUACUGUGAUCCAAGUUUAUGCAAAACUAUGAUAACUAUUGAAACUGAACAAGAGGAAAUCGACAUUGCCAAAAUCAGACAACAUUUUACCUUGGCGUGUAUGCAAUUCGGUAAAACCAAUAUUGGUUAGUAUUACUUUAUUUGUAUUAUUUUAUAAUCAAUUAUUAACUUUAAAAAUAAUUAUUGUUUAUUACAGACUUGUGGAUGGAUCGAAUAUAUUUUGAGCACAAGCAUGGAUCGCCAAAAUUUGUGUCUAGUACAUAUCAUCAAGCAUUGACAACAUUGAAUAAUGAAGAGUCUGAUAGGUUUGUUGAGGAAUAUACAUUAAAGGUUGCUAAAUUCAAUAAACUUUGAACUAUAUAAUAAUUUUUUAAUUAAACAAUGUUACUUUUCUUUCACAAAAUGUGUUAUUUUUAUUUUAACAAUCGUUUAUAAGAAAUGUUCUUAUGUCUUGAUUUGGG